AUGCUCGCCAACAGCCUGCGCAAGAUUGGCGCUCUCAGCGGCCUGCGGCCGCUGCUCCUGCAGGGCGUGAAGGAGCCGCUGUCGGCCGCCGCCGCGGGCUCCCGUGCCUUCAGCUCCGACACCGACGGCAAGAUUGUGCGUGGCGCGGACGGCCACAUCCUGCCGCACGGCGGCGGCGGCCUGGUCAGCCUGAUGGCGGGCAGCAAGGCUGCGGAGGAGGCGCGCAGCCGGUGCAACCACCAGGUGGAGCUGACGGAGCGCCAGGCGUGCGACGUGGAGCUGCUGACGGUGGGAGGCUUCACCCCGCUGGAUGGCUUCAUGAAUGAGGAGGCAUACAACUCGGUGGUGCAGGAGAUGAGGCUGCCCGGCGGCCUGCUGUUUGGCCUGCCCGUGGUGAUGGACACCUCCAACGACUCCAUCAAGCCCGGCUCCAAGCUCAUGCUGACCUACAAGGGGCAGGAGGUGGCGGUGAUGGAUGUGGACUCGCGCUGGCAGCCCAACAAGGUGGUGGAGGUGCAGCGCUGCUACGGCUCCACCUCCCUGGAGCACCCCGCCGUGUCCAUGGUGGCCACGGAGCGGGGCCGCUUCUACCUGGGGGGCAAGGUCACCGGGUUUGAGCUGCCGCAGAGGGUCUUCCCGUGCGCCUCCCCCGAGGAGGUACGCGCCGGGCUGCCCUCUGGCACCGACGUGGUGGCCUUCCAGUGCCGCAACCCCAUCCACCGCGCCCACUACGAGCUCUUCACCCGCGCCCUGGACGCCCCCAACGUGGCCCGCGACGGCGUGGUGCUGGUGCACCCCACCUGCGGCCCCACGCAGGAUGACGACAUCCCCGGUAUUGUGCGGUACCACACCUACGAGGUACUGCAGAAGGAGGUGGACAACCCGCGCGUCAAGUGGGCCUACCUGCCCUACAGUAUGCACAUGGCGGGCCCCCGCGAGGCCAUCCAGCACAUGAUCAUCCGCAAGAACUACGGCUGCACCCACUUCAUCAUCGGCCGCGACAUGGCUGGCUGCAAGUCCAGCCUGAGUGGCGAGGACUUCUACGGCGCGUACGAUGCCCAGGACUUUGCCAAGUCCCACGCCAAGGAGCUGGGCAUGAAGACGGUGCCCUCCCUCAACGUGGUGUUCACCGAGGAGAAGGGCUACAUCACUGCGGACGUGGCGGAGAAGGAGGGGCUGCACGUGAAGAAGCUGAGCGGCACCAAGUUCAGGCAGAUGCUGCGCAGCGGCGAGCCCAUCCCCGACUGGUUUGCCUUUGCCAGCGUGGUGGACGUGCUGCGCGAGCACCAGCAGCACAAGGUCUCCCAGUGA